GUCUCUUCACACUCCUGGUCGAAGAUUUUGGGGUCAAGGGAGUGCAAGUUGAAGAGAUUUAUGAUCUGCAGAGCAAAUGCCAAGGCCCUGUGUAUGGGUUCAUCUUCCUGUUCAAGUGGAUUGAGGAGCGCAGAUCACGCCGGAAGGUCUCUACCCUGGUGGAUGAGACGUCGGUGAUCGACGAUGACAUCGUUAAUAACAUGUUCUUUGCUCACCAGCUGAUCCCCAAUUCCUGUGCCACCCACGCCCUCCUGAGCGUCCUCCUGAACUGCAACAAUGUCGACCUGGGCCCCACGCUGAGCCGCAUGAAGGAUUUCACCAAAGGAUUUAGCCCUGAGAGUAAAGGCUAUGCCAUCGGCAACGCCCCAGAGCUGGCCAAGGCCCAUAACAGCCAUGCCAGGCCGGAGCCACGGCACUUGCCGGAAAAGCAGAACGGUAUCAGUGCUGUGCGAACCAUGGAGGCUUUUCAUUUUGUCAGUUAUGUCCCCAUCAAGGGACGGCUGUUUGAGCUGGACGGGCUCAAGGUCUAUCCCAUUGACCACGGGCCAUGGGCUGAUGACGAGGAAUGGACAGAUAAAGCCAGGAGAGUAAUCAUGGAGCGCAUCGGCCUGGCCACUGCAGGGGAGCCGUACCACGACAUCCGCUUCAACCUGAUGGCGGUGGUGCCUGAUCGGAGGAUGAAGUACGAGUCCAAACUGCACAUCCUGAAGAUGAACCGCCAGACUGUGCUGGAGGCCUUGCAGCAGCUUAUCCGAGUAACUCAGCCUGAGCUGAUCCAGACCCAGAAGUCUCAGGAGUCUCAAUCUCCUGAAGAGGCAAAGCCAGCCAGCAGCAAGACUGUGGCUCCAGAGAGCGCCCAUCCAGAUGGCACCGAUGAGCCCAUCAGCCAGGGCCACGCCGCGGCCACGCAGAGCCCACCCAACAAAUCCAAACCGGUGGCAAAGACAGCGAGCAGUAUCAAUGGGGCGCCUCCAGCAAACCCCAACCCCAUUGUGCAGAGGUUGCCAGCCUUCCUGGAUAAUCACAACUACGCCAAAUCCCCCAUGCAGGAGGAGGAAGACCUCGCAGCAGGAGUGGGUCGCAGCCGAGUCCCAGUCCGGCAGCACCAGCAGUACUCGGACGAUGAGGAUGACUAUGAUGAUGAUGAUGAGGAGGAAGUUCGUAACACCAACUCGGCCAUCAGGUACAAAAGGAAAGGGCAGGUAAAGCAAGAGCACGUGGCGGGGGCUGCGGAUGGCCAGCUCUCUGUCCUCCAGCCCAACACCAUCAACGUCCUGGCUGAGAAGCUGAAGGAAUCUCAAAAGGAUCUUUCCAUUCCCCUGUCCAUCAAGACGAGCGGUGGGGGCACCGCUGUGGCGGUGGAUGGGGGGAAAAGUUCCCCACCUUCCAUCAACCCUGGUGAAGAGGCCCUGGUUGCGAUCAAACUGGACGAGAAGGAGGGCAGUGAGGCCAGUGACAGCAAAGAGAAGGAGCUGCUGGCACUGCUGAAGUGCGUGGAGGCAGAGAUUGCGAACUACGAGGCCUGUCUGAAGGAAGAGGUGGAGAAGAGGAAGAAAUUCAAGAUUGACGACCAGAGGAGAACGCACAACUACGAUGAGUUCAUCUGUACCUUCAUCUCCAUGCUGGCCCAGGAAGGCAUGCUGGCAAGCCUCGUGGAGCAGAACAUCUCUGUCCGCAGGCGGCAGGGAGUCAGCAUCGGCCGUCUGCACAAGCAGAGGAAGCCGGACCGCCGGAAACGCUCCCGGCCGUAUAAAGCCAAGCGUCAGUAG